AUGAGUAUAGAGAUUUAAAUCAGAAUGAAGAUCAAAUCGACUAGUCAAAACCAUGAAAGAAUCUCAACAAGGUAAGAUGAAUAUGAUCAAAGAUAACUUUAAGAAGCUGAUGACCAAGAAAAUAAUAUUAAUGAAGAAGAUGAUGAAGAAGAAUAAAUUGAGGGAUAAUAAGUGUCCAAUCCUAGUAAGGACAUUCCAUUGAUUAGAUCUGAGAAUCAAACAUUUAGGCCAGAGGAAUAAAUCAUAAAUACACUCAAAGAAACAAAUGUGCCAACAGGUAAUCUGGUUAUUGUACCUUAAAAAUGA